AACUUCCUGUUUCCGUAAAUGGAGCGGUUGUAUGCAUCUGUCAAAGAUCCAAAAGGCUUUUAUAUUUAAUGUCAACAUCGAGAAAAGUUGGUGUCAGCUAUGUCUCGGCAUGCGAACAUUUUUAGAUCAACAUCUUGCAAAUUAUUUACGAUAUAUGGCAGCCUGCCAGCAUGGCAACAGUUCAGAAAUACUCCCCGAAGAUGUGUGUCAACGUUACGAAAUAGGAAAACUCAAUGUCAAAGCAGUACAGUCUUGGGUAUAUUAAGUGCGUCAAGAAUAGAGACAGGAAGUAAUCGUUUGAUUUUACAAAACAUUUGUAUUCCUGCCUUCAAUUUGUCGAUCCACAAAUUUUCUACUUCCACGAAUAGGUAUAAUGGCGGUGCAUCUCCAGGGAAAAUGAAAAGGCAGCUUCAAGAAGGAAUGUAUGGCGAGGGAUUUCGAGGACGUAUGUUUGACAUAAGAAACUCUUCAAAACUGGUGACAUCAUUCCCACAUUUACCAGUAUACGAGAUAAAUAGAAAAUGGAUGUUACAUGUAUUCCCAUCAUAUUAUUUAGGACAAGUUGGCAAAGGUUUUUCUGCUGGCGAAUUCAUGGGUGGAGCAGACAUGGCAGUGGAACCUAUACUGGCAUCUGCCGGCAGUGGAAACUUUGAUGAACUUUAUGACUUCAUGGAUGAAGAGACGAUAGCGGAGAUGAUGCUGAAUCGUAAGAACAUAAACACAGAAUUACUCAGCAUGCUGUCGGAGGAGGUCAUCUUUGACAUGUCCUUUGUUAACGAACGCACUCUGUGUUCAUAUGAGAUUGAACAACUUCAGGACAAAGGUUGCUCGAGAGUCAGUAUAACUGGUAUUCUGAGAGGUGAUGCCAUGAUAUCCACAGCAAUGGGUAAAACCUUAAACAGAAUUAUCUCCCCUACAUGGAUGAAGAAGCCUCAAGAUAUCCCCAUGGACAUUGAUAUCCACUUUAUGUUUAGAUGUUCCAGACAGUAUACAUAUGACGAGCCGCACAGGGACUGGACAAUCGAUGGGUUCACCUUCCUCAUAGAUGUCCCUGAGCUAUUCAUUGCCUACAUACUUUAAUUUUGUGCUGAACUUAAGAUUUAUUAAAUUGAUAUUGAAAUUUUA